GGCCUUUGAGCCCAUUUCUCCAGACCUGGAUAUUGCGAACUUAGUAGACUCGACGCCAAAUUUCGAAUAUGUAGCUAGGAUACAUUGCGAUGCAAUUGAUGCGAAUGGCCUGGAGAACUUCGAGAAGCUCGUGUGGCUUCAUGUUGUUCUGGGCGGAAAGCCCCUAGUUAUCGAAGGGUUUAACCAGAGGCUUGACAGUUCUAUAUUCUCCGAGAAAUGGCUGAGGAGUCACUAUUCAAUGAAGACGGAAUUUGCUCGGAAUCUCACGACAAAAACUGACCUUCCACUUACUAUUGGGCAUUAUUUGAAGAAUAUGCAUCUCCUUACGAAUCAAUGGACUACUCGUAACUACAAAGAUCCAAAUCGUCAGAGGAUUUAUCUUAAGGAUAUCGACUGCCCCAAAAAAUGGCAUGACCACCUCAAACAGCUUAUUCCUCCUCCGUUGUUCUAUCUAAACAAGUUACCGGAGAUGUUCGAAGGCCCCGGAGCGAAGACAUUAUCGUCAAACAACGAACUAUUGGCACGGUCAGCUUCGGGGAGGCCUAUUGCCAAGGCCGGGGACCUCAUGAGCUGUCUUCCGCCCUUCAUGCGUGCUGAAAACUUGAUGUGCUAUAUUGGUCACGAAGGGACUUACACCCCAGCUCACCAGGAGAUGUGCGCCAGCCUUGGACAGAACAUAAUGGUUGAAGCAUCUGAUGGUUCUGUUGAAUACGGGAAAGCAACCAAGCCAGGGUCUUCCAUCUGGUUCAUGACUGAGAGCAAAGAUCGCCACGUCGUAGCUGAGUACUGGAUGUCUACGCUGGGACAUGAUAUUGAUAUCGAGGAUCACUUUGCCCAGAUUAAUGCAUGGAAAGCGGCCCCGUUCAAAACGUAUGUUGUCGAACAAAGACCGGGGGAUUUUCUUUUGGUUCCUCCACUAGCCGCACACCAGGUGUGGAACCGUGGAACGAGAACGAUGAAAGUAGCAUGGAAUCGAACUAUUGCAAAAACAUUAGAAUUGGCCUUGUUUGAGGCGCUCCCACAUGCUAGAAUGGUAUGUCGCGACGAGCAGUACAAAAAUAAGGCCAUUGUCUUUUACUCGCUCAAUUACUAUUCUGAUCUUCUUUGUGAGAUGGGCGACAUCGGCGUUUGGGGCCUUCGAGUGCAAUUGCUGCUAGAGGAUUUCGAGCUUUUAUUUGAACUUUAUACCCAUAUCCUGCUUUCCGAGAGUUUUUCGCAUGAUCCACCGAAAGGAAAGGAUUUUGAAUACGUUCCUUUCGAUAGCAAUAUUACUUGCUCAUAUUGUCGAGGCAACAUAUUCAAUAGGUUUUUGACUUGCCCCUGGUGCAUUGGUGAGGGAGAUGAUACUUACGACAUUUGCAUGGAGUGCUAUACCAUGGGCAGAAGCUGUGCUUGUGUAUCAAAAUUAAAGUGGGUUGAGCAGUUCCGUUGGAGUGAACUGACCGGAAAGUAUGAGAAGUGGAGGCAGCAACUACUAAGGUUCGCCGAGGCUAGGAGUGAUAAAUACCCAUGUCUCCCCGCGAAGAGUGCCCAGCUGGGCAAAAAAUCUCUAGCUGAGAUAUGCCAUGAGCAGAUGAAACGUCGCCCUUGGGUCGAUGUCACAAAUCCGGUCCGUCAGCGAAUAGAGGAAAAGAACAGUGGUUCGGAGAAUGCUACCCCUACUCGGAAGCGAAGGAAAACUCACAAAAGCAAUACAUACACAAGUGGUGGCCGAUGCCAUAUUUGCAAGUGUGCUGAACCUACGUGGAAGCUCGCCUCAUGCUCAUACUGCAACUUGAGUUACUGCUAUGGUAGUCUCUUCAGGGCCUUUAAUAUCAAACCACAGGAUACCAUGGAGAUGUAUCGCUGGAUGUGUCCUAGAUGUCAGAAAAUUUGCAGUUGCGCCGCAUGCCGUCGAGAUCCGACCAUGAAUCCUUACGAACCAAGAUGCACUUUAUUGGGCCACGACACCAGGAAGGUAGCAGAUCCGCGCAGCGUGGAAAGUUUGGUGGAUUUCCGUCAGUCCAACCUCCGAUGGUUGAAGAAGGCUGGUGAUGAUGAAGUAGGUCGACUGAAAAGACAUCAGAAAGAGGCAGAUGAGAAGCGCAGCAAAGCCUUGGUUGAUAAUUGUAUUGAGCUAGAGUUCCCCCAGGCGGUGAGCGAGUAUCCAGAGAGUGUCCAAUUGACUUCCCCUACGACUGGGUACUUCAAGGACUAUAGAGACAUACCCGUUGAUCCUGCACUGGAGAAAUUAGAUGGAUCUUUCCUCGCUCCGCCGGAAUCCAGUCAGUGACAUGUGCAGAUUCGCGUGGGAAAGGCAGGAAGCGCCGCAGACAUGACAAGAAAGGACACCUGGAAUGGUGAUAUGGAUCUAAUAAUGUAUUAGGAAAGAUCUAUCUUAAUUUUUUUAACCCCCCUAUGAUCUCUUUAUUGGCGGAUGGAGUGGCUGAAGUCAUUGGACUAUUUGGCAUCACUAUCCAAUACUGAUACCAUUUGAAGAAGAAUGAGACACGGAUGACCUCGGGCAUCC